AUGGCCCUGGUCCUGUGGGUCUUUGGGCUGCUGGGUUCAGCCAGCUCAGCGUGGGCCAACAUCUUCGAAUACCAGGUGGACAUGCAGCCCCUCCGUCCGUGCGAAUUGCAGCGGGAAAGGGCUUUUCUGAAGCGAGAAGACUAUGUUCCCCAGUGCUCUGAAGAUGGCAGUUUCCAGGCUGUUCAGUGCAGGAAGGACGGCCGGGCCUGUUGGUGCGUGGAUGCCGACGGCAGGGAGGUGCCGGGCAGCAGGCAGCCUGGGCGGCUGGUGUCUUGUCAGUCAUUUUGUCAGCUGCAGAAGCAGCAAAUCUUGGUGAGCGGCUACCUUAACAGCACAGCCACAUCCUACCUGCCCCAGUGUCAAGAUUCGGGGGGUUACGCGCCCGUCCAGUGUGACGUGUGGCAGCUGCAGUGCUGGUGUGUGGAUGCCGAGGGCAUGGAGGUGUACGGCACCCGCCAGCGAGGCAGGCCAACACGCUGUCCAAGGAGCUGUGAGAUAAGAAACCGCCGCAUUCUCCAUGGGGUGGGGGACAAGUCGCCCCCGCAGUGUACUGCAGAGGGAGAGUUCAUGCCCGUCCAAUGCAAGUUUGUCAACACCACAGACAUGAUGAUUUUCGAUCUGAUCCAGAGCUACAACAGGUUUCCAGACGCAUUCAUGACCUUCAGGACCUUUCAGAGCAGGUUCCCCAAGGUGUCUGGGUAUUGUCACUGUGCCGAUAGUCAAGGGCGGGAACUGGCUGAGACGGGUUUGGAGCUGUUACUGGAUGAGAUUUACGACACCAUUUUUGCGGGUCUGGACCUUGCUUCCACCUUCUCUGAAACCACCCUGUACCGGAUAUUGCAGAGACGGUUCCUAGCCGUCCAAUUAGUCAUCUCUGGCAGAUUCCGAUGCCCCACAAAAUGUGAAGUGGAGCAGUUUACAGCAACCAGCUUUGGCCACCCCUAUGUUCCGACCUGCAGCCGAAAUGGGGACUACCAGCCAGUGCAGUGCCAGAGAGAAGGGCCAUGCUGGUGUGUGGACGCCCGAGGAAAGGAGAUCCAAGGGACGCGGCAGCAAGGGGGGCUGCCAUCUUGUGCUGAAGACCGAUCCUGCACCUCAGAAAGACAGCAGGCCUUGUCAAGACUCUACUUUGGGCCCUCGGGCCACUUCAGCCAGCACAAUUUGUUUUUUUCUCCUGAGGAAAGGCAGGCCUCUCAGAGAGUGGCCAGAUUCUCCUCAUCCUGCCCACCCCUGUUCAGGGAGCUGUUUGUUGACUCUGGCCUUCUCCGCCCCAUGGUGGAAGGGCAAGAUAAACAGUUCCCCGCCUCACAAAGUCUUCUCAAAGAGGCCAUCAGAUCGAUUUUCCCCUCCAGAGAGCUGGCUCGCCUUGCCCUUCAGUUUACCGCUGACCCCAAGCGACUCCAGCAAAACCUAUUUGGAGGAAAUUUUUUGGCGAACGUUGGCCAGUUUAACGUGUCGGGAGCCAUUGGCACAAGAGGCACAUUUAACUUCAGUCAAUUUUUCCAGCAACUUGGCCUCCCAGGCUUCAAGAAUGGAGAAGGAUUCGUGGAUGUAGCCAAGCAGCUGUCUGUGAGACCUGAUGCAAACCUUGCCACGGGAACCCCUGAAGCCUCUGAGAAGGCUAUGAAUCUCCCCCUUGUGGGCAGCUUUGGCUUCGAAAUUAACUUACGGGAGAACCAAAAUGCUCUGAAAUUCCUUGCUUCUCUCCUGGAGCUUCCAGAAUUCCUUGUCUUCUUGCAGCAUGCUAUUUCCGUGCCAGAGGAUGUAGCCCGAGAUUUAGGGGACACAAUGGAAAUGGUGCUCAACUCCCAGACCUGUGAGCCACCAUCCACAAAGCUUUUUGUCCCAUCAUGCACGGCAGAAGGAAACUACGAGGAUGUCCAGUGCUCUGCUGGGGAGUGUUGGUGUGUGGAUUCCCGGGGCAAAGAACUUCUUGGCUCUAGAGUUAGAGGUAGACGACCCAGGUGCCCCACAGAGUGUGAAAAGCAAAGGGCACAAAUGCAAAACCUCAUGGGUAGCCAGCCUGCUGGGUCCAGCCUAUCUGUCCCUUCUUGUACCAGCGAGGGACAUUUCCUACCUGUCCAAUGCUCUAACUCAGAGUGCUACUGUGUGGACACCGAGGGUCAGGCGAUCCCUGGAACUCAAAGUAUAACUGGAGAACCCAAGCAAUGCCCCACGCCCUGUCAGCUGCAGGCAGAGCAAGCUUUCCUGGGGACGGUGCAGGCCCUGCUCUCCAAUUCCAGCUUGCCGCCCACUCUCUCCAGCGUCUACAUUCCACAGUGCAGUGCUGAUGGCCAGUGGAGACGCGUACAAUGUGAUGGGCCCCCGGAGCAGGCCUUUGAGUGGUACCAACGAUGGGUAACUCAGAAUAAGAGUGGCCAGGAACUGACCCCUGCUGAGCUUCUAAAGAGGAUCAUGAGCUAUAGAGAAGUGGCUUCCAAAAGCUUCCGCCUCUUUAUCCAAAGUCUGUAUGAGGCUGGCCAACAAGGUGUCUUCCCAGGGCUGGCGAGAUACUCUGCUUUCCAAGACGUCCCACCAGUAGUGCUGGAAGGCAACCUGACACAGCCUGCAGGGAACAUCCUCCUGGAGCCCUACCUGUUUUGGCAGAUGCUAAAUGGGCAGCUCAGCCGGUACCCAGGGCCCUACUCAGAUUUCAGCACUCCUUUGGCACACUUUGAUCUUCGAAGCUGCUGGUGUGUGGACAGGGCUGGUCAGGAACUGGAAGGCACUUGGGCUGAGCCAAGCAAGGUUCCAGCAUGCCCUGGCUCCUGUGAGGAAGCGAAGCUUCGUGUCCUGCAGUUCAUUAAGGAAGCAGAAGAAAUCGUCUUGGUUUCCAACAGUUCUCAGUUCCCUCUGGGAGAGAGCUUCCUAGUCGCCAAGGGAAUCCGGCUGAGCAAUAAGGAGCUCUCCCUUCCCUGGCCCUUCUCACCCUGGGAGACAUUCUCUGAGAAGUUCCUGAUGGGGAGUGAUUAUGCUCUUCGCUUGGCAGCCCAGUCCACCUUUACCUUCUAUCAGAGACGAGGCUCUUCCCUGGGCGACUCAGCAGGAGCAGCUGCCCUCCUGAGCAAUGGCCCCUACGUGCCGCAGUGUGACGCAUUUGGGAGCUGGGCGCCCGUGCAGUGCUACAACAGGACUGGGCACUGCUGGUGCGUGGACGGGAAGGGAGAGUACAUCCCUGCCUCGCUGGCUGCCCGGUCCCCACAGACCCCCCAAUGCCCCACGACCUGUGAGGAAUCUCGAGCCAGUGGGCUGAUUUCCAGUUGGAAACAGGCUGUGUCUCAAGGAAACCCUUCUCCAAAAGACCUGUUCAUCCCCACCUGCCUACAGACAGGAGAGUAUGCCCGGCUGCAGGUGUCGAAGGCCGGCACCUGGUGUGUGGACCCAGCAUCGGGAGACAGGGAGCUCCGGGGUACAGACAGGAGUGCCCAGUGUCCGAGCCUCUGCGAGGCGCUCAGGAGCGGAGUCCUCGAGAGGAGAGCUGGCCUAGGCUACAUCCCAGCCUGCGGGGCAGGGGACAGGCGCUUCUCCCCAGUGCAGUGCGACCCGGCCGGGGACAGCUGCUGGUGUGUCCUGGGCAGCGGCGAGGAGGUGCCCGGGACCCGCGUGGCCGGGAGCCAGACCGCCUGUGAGAACCCACAGUGCCCACUGCCGUUCAGCGUGGCGGAUGUCGUUGGUGGAGCAGUCCUGUGUGAGGAGGCCUCGGGCCAGGGAGCCGCCACCAUCCAGCAGUGCCUGCUGAGGUGCCGCCAGGGCUACCGGAGCGCCUUCCCGCCGAGGCCCCUGGUGUGCCGGGUGGAGAGCAGAAGCUGGGAGGCAGAGCCACCCCAGCCCCGGGCCUGCCAGAGGCUCCAGCCGUGGCAGACUGUCCAGACCAGAGCACAGCUCCAGCUGCUGCUCCCGCCGGGUAAGACGUGCAGUGCCGACUACUCGGGCCUGAUGCAGGCCUUCCAGGUCCUGGUGCUGAACGAGCUGACGGCCCGAGGCUUCUGCCAGAUCCAGGUGAAGACUUUUGGGAUCCCAGUUUCCAUUCCUGUCUGCAACGACUCCACGGUGCAUGUGGAGUGUCUGACUGUGGAGCGUUUAGGAGUGAAUGUGACGUGGAAAUCUCGGCUUGAGGACAUCCCAGUGGCCUCACUUCCUGACUUGCAUGACAUUGAGGAGGCCUUAGUGGGCAAGGAUCUCGUUGGGCGCUUUGCUGAUCUGAUCCGAAGUGGCGAGUUCCAGCUUCAUCUGGAUUCUAAGACAUUCCCAGCAGAUACCUCCAUUCACUUCCUCCAAGGGGACCGCUUUGGAACCUCUCCCAGGGCAUGGUUCGGGUGCUUGGAAGGAUUCUCCAGAGUUUCGGCCAGCAGCAAAACCAGUCAGGAGUCACUGGGAUGCGUUAAAUGUCCUGAAGGAAGCUAUUUUCAGGAUGAACAAUGUGUUCCCUGUGCCGUUGGAUUCUACCAAGAACGAGCAGGUGGCUCUGCCUGUGUCCCGUGUCCUGUGGGCAGAACGACCAUGUCCGCUGGAGCUUUCAGCCAGACCCACUGUGUCACCGACUGUCAGAGGAACGAGGCAGGCCUGCAGUGUGACCAGGAUGGCCAGUACCGGGCGCGCCAGACAGACAGGGCCAGUGGGAAGGCCGUCUGUGUGGACCGUGAGGGGCAGAGGCUGCCUGGGUCGGAAACGGAGGCCCUGCUCACCGAGUCUCAGUGUCUGAUGAUGCGGAAAUUUGAGAAGCUUUCAGAAUCUAAGGUGAUCUUCAGUGCUGACAUUCCUUUUGUCAUCAGUUCCAAAGUCCCUGGUUCGGAGUCCCCACUGAUGCAGUGUUUGGCAGACUGUGCGGACGACGAGGUCUGCAUCUUCCUCACGGUGUCGACGGGGGGACCAGAAGUCUCAUGUGAAUUCUAUGCUGGGACAAACGACAGCAUCGUCUGCACAGCUUCUGAUCAGGAAGAAAAUGCAUUGGGGAACGUGAUGGCCACCAGCUUUGGAAGUCUAAGGUGCCAGGUGAAAGUGAGGCGCCAGGAUCAAGACUCUCUGGCUGUGUAUUUGAAACAGGGCCAACAACUCACCACCAUGAGUCAGAAAAGCUUUGAACAAACUGAUUUCCAAAACACGCUCUCCGGAAUGUACAGCCCCUUCGUGUUCUCAGCCUCAGGAGCCAAUGUGACCGACGCACAUCUCUUCUGUCUUCUUGCAUGUGACCGGGAUCCGUGCUGUGAUGGCUUCAUCCUCGCGCAGGUCCAAGGAGGCCCCAUCAUCUGUGGGUUGCUGAGUUCCCCCAGCAUCCUGCUUUGCAGUGUCAAAGACUGGAGGGAUGCCCCUGAAGCCCAGGCUACUAACACUACGUGCCCUGGUGUGACCUAUGACCAGGGGAGCCGCCAAGUGACCUUGCGUCUGGGAGGCCAGGAGUUCAUCCAGAGUCUGACGCCCCUGGACCGAACACAGGACACGUUUUCCAGUUUCCAGCGGGUUUAUCUCUGGAAAGAUUCUGACAUGGGGUCUCGAUCUGAGUCUGUGGGAUGUAGAAGACACAUGGCACCAAGGCCAGCAUCUCCAGCAGAAACAGAUUUGGUAGCAGAGCUUUUCUCCCCUGUGGACCUUAACCAGAUCAUUGUCAGUGGAAACCGAAGCCUGCCCAGCCAGCAGCACUGGCUUUUCAAACACCUCUUUUCACCCCAGCAAGCAAACCUGUGGUGCCUCUCUCGCUGUGUCCAGGAAGCUUCUUUCUGUCAACUGGCAGAGAUUAUAGACAGCACACCCUUGUACUUCACCUGCACCCUCUACCCAGAGGCCCAGGUGUGUGAUGAUGUCAUGGAGACCAGUCCCAAGGGCUGUAGAGUGAUCCUGCCGCACAGGCCAAAGAUGCUGUUCCAGAAGAAAGUUAUACUGAAAGAUAAAGUGAAGAACUUUUACACUCGUCUGCCGUUCCAAAAACUGACAGGGAUUUCCAUCAGAAGCAAAGUGCCCAUGUCUGAAAAGUCCAUUUCUAAUGGGUUCUUUGAGUGUGAGCGGCGGUGUGACGCGGACCCGUGCUGCACUGGUUUUGGAUUUCUCAACGUUUCCCAGUCAAAAGGAGGAGAGGUGACAUGCCUGACCCUAAGCAGCUUGGGACUUCAGACAUGCAGUGAGGAGAAUGGAGGAGCCUGGCGCAUUUUGGACUGCAAUUCUCCUGACACUGAAGUCCGCACCUAUCCCUUUGGAUGGUACCAGAAACCUGAUUCUCAGAAUGAUGUUCCUAGUUUUUGUCCUUCGGUUAUUCUGCCUCCCCUCACAGAGAAAGUCCCUCCGGAUGCGUGGCAGUCCCUGACCAUCUCUUCAGUCAUUGUCGAUCCAUCCAUCCGGCACUUUGAUGUUGCCCACAUCAGCACUGCUGCUGCCAGUGACUUCUCUGCUGCCCGAGACCUCUGUUUGUUGGAGUGUUCCCGUCACCAAGCCUGCAUCGUCACUGCUUUGCAGACCCGACCUGGGGCUGUGAGAUGCAUGUUCUAUGCUGAUACCCAGAGCUGCACCCACAGUCUGCAGAGCCAGAGCUGCCGACUUUUGCUCCGUGAGGAGGCCAGUCAAGUCUACCGGAAGCUAGGCAUCUCUCCACUCAGCUUCAAUGCGUCUGCACCUUCUGUGCCUAUUGCCACCCAUGGCCGGCUGCUGGGCAGGUCCCAGGCCAUCCAGGUGGGCACUGCAUGGAAGCAGGUGGAUCAGUUCCUUGGAGUUCCGUAUGCUGCCCCGCCCCUGGCAGAGAGCCGCUUCCGGGCCCCGGAGCCCUUGAACUGGACCGGCUCCUGGGAUGCCACCAAGCCCCGGGCCAGCUGCUGGCAGCCUGGAGCCAGAACACUCAAACCUCCUGGAGUCAGCGAAGAUUGCUUGUAUCUCAACGUGUUUGUCCCCGAGAGCGUGGUCCCCAAUGCCUCGGUGCUGGUUUUCUUCCACAACACCAGGGAGGGCAAAGAGAGAGAAGGACGGCUGACGAUUGACGGUUCCUUCCUGGCUGCUGUUGGCAACCUCAUCGUGGUCACUGCCAGCUACCGAGUGGGCAUCUUCGGUUUCCUGAGUUCCGGGUCCAGCGAUGUGAGUGGAAACUGGGGGCUGAUGGACCAGGUGGCGGCAUUGAGCUGGGUGCAGACCCACAUUAGAGAGUUCGGCGGGGACCCUCAGCGUGUGUCCCUGGCAGCAGACCGCGGUGGGGCCGACGUGGCCAGCAUCCAGCUUCUCACCACCAGGGCUGUGAACGCCAGACUCUUCCGAAGGGCGGUGCUGAUGGGAGGCUCUGCUCUCUCCCCAGCCGCCAUCAUCAGCCAAGAGAGGGCUCAGCAGCAGGCAACUGCUUUGGCAAAGGAGGUCGACUGCCCUACCUCACCCAGCCAAGACCUGGUGUCCUGCCUCCGCCAGAAGCCCGCCAGUGUUCUCAAUGAUGCCCAGACCAAGCUCCUGGCCGUGAGCGGCCCUUUCCACUACUGGGGUCCCGUGGUCGAUGGCCAGUACCUCCGCGAGGCACCAGCCAGGGCGCUGCAGAGAGCCCCACGGGCGAAGGUCGAUCUGCUCAUCGGGAGCUCUCAGGACGACGGGCUCAUCGACAGAGCCAAGGCCGUCAAGCAAUUUGAGGAAAGUCAAGGGAGGACCAGCAGCAAAACCGCCUUCUACCAGGCGCUGCAGAAUUCCCUGGGCGGCGAGGACGGGGAUACCAGGGUCGAGGCUGCUGCGACAUGGUAUUACUCCCUGGAGCACUCCACGGACGAUUACGCCUCCUUCUCCUGGGCCCUGGAGAACGCCACCAGGGACUACUUCAUCACCUGCCCUGGGAUUGACAUGGCCAGCCACUGGGCAAGGCAGGCCCGAGGAAAUGUCUUCAUGUACCACGUUCCUGGAGGCUCUGGCCGCAGCAGCCCGGAAUUGCUGGCAGAUGUGCAGUACGCCUUUGGACUUCCCUUCUACCCCACCUAUGAGGGGCAGUUUACUCGGGAGGAGAAAAGCCUGUCCCUGAAAAUCAUGCAGUACUUUUCCAACUUCAUUCGAUCCGGAAACCCCAACUAUCCUCAUGAGUUCUCCCGGAGAGCACCUGAUUUUGCCACCCCCUGGCCGGACUUCCUCCCCAGUGCCGGUGGGGAGAGCUAUAAGGAGUUCAGCUCCCUGCUCCCCAAUCGACAGGGACUGAAAAAAGCUGACUGCUCCUUCUGGUCCAAGUACAUCCAGUCUCUGAAGGCAUCAGCAGAUGGAGCCAACGACCAGCAGCCAGCCUUGAGAGAAGAGGAAGAAUUGCUGGCGGGCUCUGGGCUGAGGGAAGACCUCCUGGACCUCCCAGAUCCAGGCUCCAAGACCUACAGCAAGUGACCAGCCUCUGAGAGCUACCCUGCUUACAGGCUGGUCGUCAACUGCCAACCCCACCCCAGACUUAGCUG